AUGUUAUUAAUCUUUUCUGUGGCCGUUUGGAUUUUCCAUCAUUUCGCUCAUGUUGCAGCACAGAACGUGCAACACUCGCAGGUCCAACAAUUGAAGAUCAAAGCAGCGCAGGACAUUUCCUCCUGGACGUUGGAAGAUCCAGAUGAAAGCCCUGAAGCGUCACCCUCUUUGCGGCCAGAUGAGUUGUUGAGACGGCUCAAAGAUGCAGGGUUGAGUUAUCGCCUCGGCUCUUCCGCCGCUGGAGAAUUCGUUUUCUGCUUGGUGCGUUUGCCGGAACAAACUGCGCAAGCGAACCUGGCAUUUUAUCCCAUCGAUUUGCAGCUGGACGCAGAUCAUGCACAAAGAUAUGCCUCAGAUCUGGGUAUGCUGCUGGGGCUGCGCUCAGAAUCCUGUGAUUUCCAGGAAAUCGACACGUGUGAAUCCUAUGAUUCACGGACUGGAGAAGCUCAAAGUCCAUUGGGGACGUUGGAAGAUGUUUGGGCUGAUCUUCACAUGCGUUUUUGCCCUCAGAUCCCUCGGCGCGUCUUUCAACACUAUCCGCUGGUGUCCGGUCUCGACAAGGGAAACGAUCAGCUCUCAAGUAUUUUGCCGCCUUCUCAACGACUGCGAAUGCUUUUGAGCUUGGUUGGAGAUGACCUUCCAGGCGCAGUGGGCACCAUGGGACCUGGAUUGAAGUUGGACCAAUGGAAGAAGCCAAAGUUUUACAACUGUUUAUUGCACACCUGUCGCAACUUUGGAGCCAAUCGGGUGGCGCGUGUCGCCGCCGGCCAUACACAAAGAGAGUUUCCCAGAGCAUUUUCGCUGUACUUCUUGAUGCAGGAUCCCCGAGAUGCGACGUUUCAACGGCUGCGUAUGAAAUUCGGCCGUCCCGGUUCUGCGCUUUUUCGACAUGGCCUUCUCUCUGGGGUCGUGGACAAGCAACUCCCAUGGUCUCUUCAGCACUAUUUUGGGCAACAAAUUGGUUUCUACUUCGCCUUCAUGCAACAUUUGUUCUCAUAUGGUUUCGCCCUGUCUGUUCUUCUGGCGCCUUUGUUGGCGGUUUACAGCGUGGACUGGGCCAGACAUUUGGUUCAGGCGGUUGCCCAGGAAAAACCGUUGUUUCUUCUGGACGAGAUGGUCUCCGAAAUUAGCGACGCUUCGCAAAGUCGAUGGCCUCUGUGGUCUUUGAUGAUCGGCCUCACCACCACGAUUUGGGGCCAGUGCGUCAUCGAGUCCUGGCAUCGCCAGGAGAAGCGUUUGGCACGUCAGUGGGGCUGUCAUCCCUGGCGGCGGGCUUUGACACGGCCCUCAUUUCGAGGGAAGCUGGCAGUCAGCCGUGUGGAUGGACGCUUGGUUCUCGUGCACCGCAACAGGCGACUAUUUCAAGCUCGUGUGAUUGCCGUGAAUCUUUGUUUCUUGAGUAUUUGGGGAAUAGUCUUUGCUGUGCUGGGUGCAAUCUUUCUGCGAGCAGAUCAGGUUCAAGUGGCAACGGAGAACUAUGCCUCACUUGGUGUGAUGUUUUCUGUGGCCAGCGUCUUGAUGUAUCACCUGUUUCGGCUCGUGGCGAACGCCUUGACAGAGGCCGAGAACCAUCGCAUAGAGGCGUCAUGGGAGACCUCCAUCUUAUUGAAAAAAUGGGCUUUGACUGUGAUCGUCCAGUGCUAUCCGCUCCUCCACCUACUUUUUAUUCGACCGUACUUGUGGCCAUGCGCCUAUGGGAAUCCGGAGCUGCGGCAAACACUUGGCAUCGAGCAAUGUGAAUUUUGGGAUCAGGAGUGCUGCGAUCAGGAGCUCCGAAACGGUCAGGUGGUCCUAAGUUUUGCAGAUGUUCGUGGAGACGCAGUACUGCGACAUGCGCGGCAGUUCAUCGCUGGAUGGCUCGUCUCCAAGAUCUUCAUGCACAACUUGCUGAAGUGGAUCAUCCCGCGACUGUGGUUUUCUUUGCACGCGCGGUCUCUACCCACUCUUCGCCGUAGACUUUGCUGA